AAAUUCUCGACGGGGAAUCUGCCGUCAGUAAACACGAUCCUGUGAACGUGAUGCGGUGUAGGCAGUGUUCACCGAUGGACGAUCCGUUCAGAUAUUCCUCGUGUCCGACGAUCGCGGAUCGGUGAUUAACAUUCCGUGAGCAGAGGCUCCUCGGGGCUCCGUUCGCAGUGGUUCUUGUCGGGUUAGGUUGAGAGUCGUUGUUGUGACGCGCGGGAACUCGGAAUUAAUUGUUCUGCAUACCGUGGGAGUUUUACUCCGUUUGUGUGGAGUUUUUCGUUUUCCUUGGAGGUCUGACGAGGUUUGGGUGGUUGGGUUCGGUUUUGUGAGGGUUGAUCGUGAUUUGCGGGUCGUAUGUGUCCAGUGUAGUUUUUGCGAAUGUUAGACGGUGCGAUGAUAACGGUUUGAACGAUCGAGAUGAGCGGUUCUCGACUUGGCAGGGGCCGGGGUGGCCGCCUGGCCGUGUAUGGGGGUUGCGGGGUGGUGGUUGUUCUCCUGGUGUUCCUCUAUCGUGCCACCACCUUGGAAAUGGCCAGGCUAAGAGAACUUCAUGACCAGUGCACCCACCAACAAGGUGCCCUUGCUGCUCAACUUCAAGUUAUAUUUGAGUACAAAAUGCGUCUUGAGAAGUCCCUAGCAGAAGAGAAGAGUUCCAACGCAGCGGUGAAGCAGGAGCUGCAGCAGCGUGCCUCCAGAGAGAAGUCUCUCCGCGACAAAGACGGCAGGGAGGCGAUGCAGAGGUUCGAGUCCCUGCAGCAGACCUACAAGAUCCUGCAGUCAGAGCAGCAGGACCUGCGGGAGGAGUGCAAGAAACACGAGACUCAGGCGUUGGAGGAUAUGAACAAGCUGGAAGCCACGCUUCAGAAGUUACGCAGUCACAUGAAGCAGCUGAAAGAGGAGAAAGAGAAGAACGAUAAGGCCUUGGAGGACCUGAAGAACAAGUACCUGGAGCUGGACACUGAGAAGACCAGGCUCGAAAACAAGUACAAGGACCUAUUGCAGAGCCACGACGACACGGACAGCACUAUCGAACACCUGAAGAAGGAAGUGUUUCAGUUGACUCGCCAGGUGGAGGAUCUCAAGAAAUUCAAAGCAGUUUCGCCUGGUCCCUCCCAGAAAACCGAGCAACAAGUGAAACCGGCGGAGGGCUCGUCGCAACAACAACAGAGCACUAUGGCGAGCAGUUCAAUGAAGUCAACCCCGGCGGUGAAACUGGAAACUUCAACGACAGCGAACAACCCUAAUCCAUUGUCCACAGCUGUCGUGAAAUCGCUCCCAACCGCAAAGCCAGUGUUGAAGUCUAAGCUUCCAAUGGGUGUGCCGCCUAUCCCAGUGAUAAUAGAUCAGAAGUUAGAAAACAGGGAAGAGAAGCAGGAGGACAAUGCUGCAAGAACGAAGAAUGAGCCCAAGAAGAAGAAAGAAGUCGACAGCAAGGAAAAUGAAGAUGAGAAUGGGAACCUGGCUCCUCAAGGAAGGAGAAACGAGGAACAUCACCCUGACAGACGUGGCUGGCUCAACGUUGGCCCUGGCAUCCAGGAAAUUGGUGACGAAGGCAAUCAUCUUCGACUGUCUGGUUUUCAAGAAAGCGCAGACAAGAUUGAACCAGGUGACGACCAAUAUGAAGUCUUAGAUUAUGGAAAAGAACCUCAGCAGAAGAACAAUGACAUUCAUUUGGUAGAAGGAGAGGACGAAGGCGAAGAUGAGGAUGAACCAAUAGAUUAGCUGAGCGAUUUGAAACAGAACUUAAGUGAAGAGACAUUCUGAAAGGUAAUGGGCUGUCUACCACCACGACGAGCCAAGUAGUUACUUAGAUACUCGAUUAUUUUGGAACAUAAUUUAUGUUAAAUGUAAAGUACUUAUACUUAAGGAUUUGGAUUUGAAAGAGAAGCUUUCACACUUAACCCUGUAACCGCAGGAGUUCUUGAUUUUUUUUUAGUAUGAAAUGGCAGGCUAGUCUUAUUUAUUCAGAUGCGUCCUAAUAAUUAGAUGAAAACUAACGGGACUAAUGAAUAACGGGACAGACGAUAAAUAACAAUAGCCUGAUAAAAUACUCGAGAGUUGAAACUCAAUUGAGCAUCGAAUAUUUUACAGAACUGUACAUUGUCCGCGGUUAGAGGGUUAACGGUUCUAAUCUAUAACAAUUUCACUUUCCCAUUACUUAACAGACUGGUUAUACUAACGUACACCUUUCUUUUCUGCGGUGAAAAAUGAAUUUUUCGUUUUCUCUACACUUUAGAUUCUGAAUCGGGAAAAUCUCGUACAAUGAUCUAGCCAAAAAGUUUAGAUAAGUGAUAUUCUAUGCAGAUGUUAUUUAAAAGCCACUGCUCGGCUAUGAAACAAAUUGUAUUUUUAUCCGGAACUUAGUGGGGAAGUUCGAGCAGCGUGUCAAGAUAGAAGAAACAGACUGUAUUUUUCUAGUUUUAAAAUGUACCGUAAGAGAAAGUGAAUUAGGAUUUCCACG